AUGCUAUUAAGUAUCAACAGAAUAAACAGAUAUCAGAAUUAAUUGACUGGAUCUAUGAUAAUUUCAAUAAGUAUACUUGUAUUUAAGCCAAGGUUUUUAAAAGGGGAAAACAAAAAUAACCUAUAAAUUCUUAAUAAAAACAAGAAAUAAACCUUUCGAAGUUCCAAUUAAUUGGUGAGUUCCUGUAUAAAUGACAGUGAUGUCUUAGUAAUUAAUGAAGUCGAAUCGGAAGUAUCAUUUCUAGAGUUGAAUUUGGAUUAUGAUCUUUAAAGAUAAAAAAUUCACAUUUAAGAUGAUAUUACCAUACAAGAACUGAUAGAAUUUAUUUAUGGAACCUUUUCAAUAUCUUUAGAUAUCAAACUAGAGAUAAUUUAUGAAAACUUAAUAUUAUCCAAUUAGAAGAGAAUUAAAAAAUUAGCUGAUCUCCAAGUGCCAAAUGGGGCGAAUAUAAAGAUCAUACCUAUAUAUAAAUUGGAUAACAAUUUAAUAAACCUAUAGAUAAUAUGUAAAGAUAGUGGAAGUAGUUAGAGGAGAUCAUUUUAAAAAAGCGACACCUUAAAUGCAGUCAUAAAUAGCGCAUAGGGUUAUUUAGGAUUAGAUGAAAAUACAGUGGGAUUUAAAGUCUUCAUUAAAAGCAAAAACUAUAAAGGUGAUGCCAAUAAGGAUAGGAAUAAAACAUUAUCUUAUCUUAAACUUGAGGAUGAUGACAUAGUUGAAAUCAAGAUCUUAUACAGUGGAGGAAGAUGAUAUAAUUAGAUAUAUAGUUCUACAAAUACAACUUCUAUCUUUAAAAUAGAUUAUAUUUUGAAAGACUAAAAGGGUUCAUGUUAAAUCAGAAUUAGAAUUUAUUAGAAUAUAGUAUAAAGGCACAAAGAAAAUAGUAUUUCAUCAAUUAUAUGAAGGAAAUAACUCUCAAUUAUAUUAAAUUAACAAGUCUUAAAAUAAUAUUCAAAUUUCUUGA